AUGAAGACCCUCCUUGUUCUGGCUGUUUUGGUUGCCGUCGCCUCGGGACUUGUCCUUCCAAAGGAAAGAAGUGCCAUCAGCUGUCAGAUGUGUGAGUUGGUUGUGAAGAAGUAUGAUGCUUCCGCUGACAAGGAUGUCACCACCAUCAAGAAGGACUUCGACGCUGAGUGCAAGGCACUGUUCCACACCAUCCCAUUCGGAACCACUGAGUGCGACCAUUACGUCAACAAGAAGAUUGACCCAAUCAUCAAGGAGCUUGAGAGCGGAACCGCACCAAAGGAUGUGUGCACCAAGCUUCACGAGUGCCCAUAA